AUGAACGCGCCAUUUGAUGUAACAGAGUUGGAUAGAACUGUGAAAGCUUUUUAUGAAGGAAAUGAUACUAGACGACAGGCAGCUCAGGCAGUUAUAACCGACUUUCAAAAGGAUCCAAACUCUUGGCAGAUUGUAGAUCAAAUACUUGAGCAAUCUUCAUAUCUACAAACAAAGUUUAUAGCACUCAACAUAUUAGAAGACUUUAUAAGAGUUCGCUGGAAUACGCUACCAGUAGAUCAAAGACUUGUUUUGAGAAAUUAUAUUGUAAAGAUGAUUGUUGACAUAUCUUCAAAUCAGUCCUCCUUUCAGUCUCAAAAACUGCUUCUAAACAAACUAAAUGUUGUGCUAGUACAAAUAGUCAAGAAGGAGUGGCCCAAACAUUGGCCAACAUUUAUGCAGGAAAUAGUUGAGUCAAGCUUUGCUGGUAUUACCUUGUGCGAAAAUAACAUAAAAAUCAUCAGACUCUUAAGGUUCAUACAUAUCCUUCAAGGUGAAGAAGCAUUUGAUUAUUCAACCAGUUUUUUGACUCAAGUCAAGAUGAAAAGGUUAAAGGAACAGAUGAAGCUUGAUUUCAGUCUCAUAAUCGAUUUAUGCAACAAAGUCUUGAUGUCGGCUAAUCAAAGAUCUUUAAUCAUGGAAACUAUGAGUACGGUACAGAACCUGACAACAUGGAUGCCUGUGGAGUACGCAUACGAGGAUAACUUUAUCCAAUUAAUACAGACCAAACUAUAUGAAUCACCAUAUCAACUACUGGCCUUACAAUGCUUUAAUGGAAUUCUCAACUUGGAAAAUACAAUGCAACCAAAGAAGGUUUAUGAUAUCGUGUUUCCAUAUAUCAAUAGCAUGAAAGAGACUAUCAUCAAUUCCAAUUACGAGCAAAAUUACACACUUAUUAAAGAGGUGGCUAUCUUUGUGAUUACUAUGCUUACCAAGUAUAAAAAUUGCGUCAGUGAUAUUAAUCAGAUUCUGAUGUACCUGCUAUCAAUAUCACGAAUAUCUGACAUUGAUAUAUGCAAGAUUUGUACAGGAUAUUGGGAAACAUUUGUUGAACAAGAUAACUAUAGGCAAAUCCAACGUGAAUUGGCAGUGGUUAUUACUGAAACCAUGGUUAUGCCCAAUGAUAUUCUUAGGGUUCAGGAUGAGGAUGGUGAAAUAAUCCAAGAAUAUGUCAAACAAAGUGACACUGCAGCAUUGUAUGACUCGAUGCAGCACAUCUUACAAGCAAUAACCAAGAGAGAGCCAGAAUUUAUACAGUCCGUACUUCAUGACAGGUUACUAAAGAUCCAAAUGGCCUCUGAUAUAACCACACAUUAUGACAUGCUGUUUAAAAUAUCAUGGGCAGUAGGUGCUCUCUCUGAUACAUUGACAGUAGAAACAGAAAAGAUAUUUCUCAAGACAAUAGUUCAUGAUUAUGUUCAACUGUCAGAAAAGACUAAAAGCCAGGAUUGGGCUAUUGUAUCAUGUACUUUAUAUAUAUCUGGACAAUAUCCUCGAUUCCUUUCUUUUCAUCAUGACUUUAUGAACUUCAUAUUACAAAAAAUAUUUGCACUUUUAUAUGAACUGAACAGCGACGUGAAGGAUAUGGCAUGUAAUACGUUGCUAAAAGUAUCCCAAGGCUUCCAUAAACAAUCUUUACAAAAUGAAGUCUUAUCAGAAACGCUCUUAAAACAAUUUGAGUUAUUAUCCACUCAUCUUGAUCAGCAUCAAGCUUCUAUGUUAUAUGAAUCCGCAGCUUAUAUUAUACUUACAAUGCCUUCUCUUGACUUGCAAUUAAGUUAUUUAAAUAGUAUAAUGGCACGGCAAAAUACAGUGGUCAAGUUUAUUCAUGCUGUUGGAAGCAGCAGUUUAGAUUCUUUAAAGGCCAUCAUUCAGUAUUUGAAAAUCAAUAUUGUUAUUUGCAAAGUACUUGGAAGUUUAUAUGGUCAUCAUCUUAAGCAGAUUAUUCCUUCACUUAUCGAAUGUUACAAGAUUGCAAAUGACGAUGAACACAGUUUAUUACACAAGCACAUCAGGAAGGCAAUUAUUCAGCUACUUGAAUGCUUUAUUCUUUCAAUUAAUUCACAGGUGGAUAUUUCAGAAAUUCAAGGUUUAUUGCAAGUGAUUGCAGCAGGUUAUGUUCAGUCCAAUGACCAGAGAGAACCGCUUGUAUUAUCUUUGUUAACCGACAUAUUUGAAAAGAUCGAUAAUCCAGUUGCAACAGUUUGGCCCGCUAUCCUGAAUCAGACGAUCGAUAUUGUGUUUUCUCACACAUUAUCAAUGCUCACCCAGAACUUUUCGGAUUUUCCUGACAUAAGAACGCAAUUUUACAGGCUCUUGGAGGUAAUAGUAAAACGAUAUCUUCAAGAUAUCUUUCGUACACCCGAGCUGCUGGAUUCUGUCAUUAAUUGUAUCAUCUGGGGAACAAAACAUACACAAACAGAGAUAUCACAUACGGCAUUGAAAACAUGCCUAUUCGUAUUAGACAAUGCUCUGCAAGAAGAUGAUGAUGUUGCAAGCCAAUUUUUUGAAACUUACUAUGUCCGAAUUCUAACGGACACAUUGGAGAUACUAUUAGAUCCAGACUGUAGAAACGGUUUUGAAUACCAAACACAGAUUAUAUCCAAAAUGCUCAGAAUGAUUCAGGAAGGCGAGAUAUAUACACGGGUAUUUAACCCUGAGCAAGUGUCAAACCCAUUGAUGUCAAACAUGGAGUUUUUGCAAAACUAUAUACUCGACCUUUUAACGAAUACUUAUCCGUUACUCCAAAAGAGUCAGUUAGAAGUGCUCGUCAUGGGCAUGUUUGACUACAGUGAUGACCUACAGAGGUUUCAAAAUGAUAUUCAAGAUUUUCUUAUUGAUAUCAGAGAAGUGGAUGAGGAAUCGGUUGGCUAUGAAAGGGCACAAGAAGAAACAGAGGCUGAAUUGGAGUUAUUGAGAAACAUUUAA